GUUCCGUUAAAGAAACCAAACUUCAUGGUACCCAAACAGUCAGUGCGGCUGAUAAAACAAGAAAAGGGGCUAGUUUUUGAUAGUGAGAGACACUGGCGAUCAAUGGCCCAACAUGAACUUGAUACUUAUCGUAACCGGUAUUUGCUUCUUGAAGAUGUUCAUUCGGUUAUUUGCCUGGACAUAUCUGAAAGUAUGGCCGACUCAGAUGGAUGGACUGAUGCUCGAACCUUCAUAACCGACUAUUUGACAGGUCUUAAAGAUAUGUCAAAGUCCUAUUCAAGAGAUCUAUACACCGAACAUGUAGCUUUGGUAACAUUCGGGCACCAGACGAAAAUUCAAGUUGGAUACACAGCUGAUUACAGAGACAUCGAGAAAGAACUUGAUGACACAAAGCUCGGAGGGCCGACACAGAUGUAUGGUGGAUGCCUAAUCGCACUGGCAGCGGCGUGGUGUAGUAGACACCAGAUACAACGCCUGGAUAAUUGUUCUAAAAUAUUUACGAAGAUUAUAUUUGUCACGGAUGGCCGACCAACAGAAGACGAUUUGAUUGCUGGACCGGAUAUUGCAGAUUCGAGCAAAAUUGAUGACACGAAAGCAAAGAUAUUACAAGAAAUGGAAAGACUAAGGAAAGCCCAUAUGGAUUUGUUUUUUGUACCAGUUGGUAAUUCAGAUAUGGAUUUUCACAAGACAAUGGCGGCAAUUUCAGACGGUACGGUACUCGACUGCAGACAAGGAAGAAGGUUGGCGAGGAGACAAUAUUUAACUACACGCUUGCUAGACCCGCUAGGCAUUUUUGCUGGCACGCAGACACGUGGUUCUGAUUAUGACCUUUCCAGCGAAGACAAGGAAGAUCUGAUGAAUAUACAGCAAAGUGCCAAACGACAUUAUGAUGCAAAUGUAAGAAUAUCAAACAGCCCCGACAGAGAUGCUUAUCAUGAAUCCAAAAGCAAGACAUUGCCUCCGAUUGGCAGCCGAGUGCGGAAGGGUCCGGACUGGCAUCCUAGACAGCAAGAUAGCAAUGGCCCUGGAACGGUCAUAGGGCAUGUUGAUAACGAUCAGCAGCUUUGGGUAGAAUGGGAUGCAGAUGAAUAUCAAAAUAUUUAUAUGUAUGGGGCUCUAGGAUAUGAGGUGCUUAUAGUGGAUGAACCCAGAAAACUUAAACCAGGGGAGAAAAUAGCAGUUGGUUGUAAAGUUGUACCUGGAAAGGACUGGAAAAACACUGAUGGCAACGUAAAUCUGGGCGUGGUUAUUAAAGUAAAGAGACAUAAAAAGAAGGCGAAGGUACGAUGGAAUAAUGGUAUACGUGGCAGUUAUAUGUAUGAUGAUAUACAACAGAUUCAAGUGAAGACAGUGGCUGAUUCAAGGAAAGUUUGGUUCUUUUUUUGUUUGAUUGAUUGAUUGAUUGAUUGAUUGAUUGAUUGAUUGGGUUUUAAGUCGCACCGACACGGUAUAGUGCAUAUGGCGACUUUCCGGCUUUACUGGUGGAGGAAGACUUGCGAUGCCCCUCCAAUUAUUAUUUCAGGCACGAACGGCCACCUGAGUAGAGCCACCAACAUUCGUAUAGCAAGCUUUGUAGCUUCCUCAGAAAGUUUGGUUCAGUAAUUUAUAAAAUCUGAAAUUUGAAUGAAUUCGUUGCGGUUUUCAAACGCUCAGCGGCACCGAGUUUGUAAGUGUCAAACAAAGGGAGUUGACUUAGGUCGAGACUGAACAUAUUUUAUUCGAGAUUUAUGUACCAUUUGAUGUAGGCUAGGACUCUAAUUCUAACCGAUUUAGUCACUUUGGGCUAUGAAUCGCAAAAUUGAAAGAAAAAUAAGUUACAAAUGUAAAUCAUAAUGUGUAGUUUUGUAUUUAUUUUGUUAAAAUAGGUAUGAUAGAUUAAGAUGUGUAUUUGAUAAUACAAUAAUAAUCAACUUAUUUAUUUUCUUAUUUUACAGAGGUGCCAGCAACCGCUUUAAUGAGAGAUCUUCAAAGCAAGAAUUCGAAUUUGAAACUCCGCCAGCCAUGACGAUAGAAGAGUUUGCGGCUAAACAAGAAAAGAAAAAGAACAAAAACUCGAAUUAGAUAUUGAUAACAGUAAAACAUUGCAUAUCUAAAGAAUAACAAUGUGAAGUCAAUGCUGAUAGCGCUAAUGCAUUAUAUAGAAUUCAGAAUUAUAUCAGUUGACAAUAGUUAAAAAGUUUCAACUUUUCCCGCGUUUUUCACAAAUGAUAUAAUAAAUACAUGUACAGUUGUAUAAGUAAUAUUUCCAAAGUUAAAGUUUUAAUGGUAUGGUGUUAAAAAACGUUGGGCAGGCAAAAGGGAAAGUGAAAAAGACGCGUGGAUGACUGCGUGCUAGUCUUAAAAUAAUAUGUUUGGCGUAUCGUUCACAAUAUCAUGUCCCCUUGCCAUGAAAAUAUUUACAUCUCAAGUGUUCGUGAAGACAUUUUCCAAAAUAAUUGACCAUACAUAGACAAUAUUUUUGGGAAGCAAGGACUGGUUUUUAUUCAUUUGACAUAGGUAUCAUAUUUAUAUAUUUCCCGAUGAAAAAAAGAAGGAGCAACAACGAAAAAAACUCACAAAAACUGUUUCGAAAGGAUAAAGCCAUCUAUUGAAGAUAUUCAGAUCAAACAACAAUAAUAAAAACAACAACUUUAUUCGCUGAUUUUAAAGUCUUUCGAUGUCCUUGUAAAAUUUUCUGACGACUCAUCAGGAGUCAGAUUUUAUUGUGAGAUUUAGCUUGAAUCAGACUGUGAAUUCAAAUAAUUUCGCGUUCAUGAAAUUUUGUAGCAAUUUUAAAAAUGGACAUUUUCGCUUGUUCUUAAAUUAGUGGUGUCUGUUAAUGCAGAAGUAAAACGCAAAAAAGUAAUGUAAAGAAUUGUUAGUAGA